CCAGCCUUUGCUUCGAGGGGCUGACCCUUCGGGUCCCGGUGUGAUUCUCCAGCCGCCCUAGGGGCCCGGACAGCAGGGCGGCGGCGCGAGCGUGGGAGGGGGCUCUAGGACUCUGCCCGCCCCGCCCCGCCCCCUCCGCGGGGACCCGGAGCCCAGCAUGGACCACACUCGGCGCCGCAGCCAUGGCGCUCGCCCGCUGCGUGCUGGCUGUGAUUUUAGGGGUACUGUCCGAAGUGGCCCGCGCUGAUCCGGUCUUGCACUCGCCCCUGCACCGCCCGCAUCCGUCUCCACCGCGUUCCCAACACGCGCAUUACCUUCCCAGCUCGCGGCGGCCACCCAGGACCCCGCGCUUCCCGCUCCCGCCGCGGGCCCCCGCUGCCCAGCGCCCUCAGCUCCUCAGCACCCGGCACACGCCCCCGACGAUUUCACGCCGGUGCGGGGCUGGAGAGCCCUGGGGCAAUGCCACCAACCUCGGCGUCCCGUGUCUACACUGGGACGAGGUGCCGCCCUUCCUGGAGCGGUCGCCCCCGGCCAGUUGGGCUGAGCUAAGAGGGCAGCCGCACAACUUCUGCCGGAGUCCGGGUGGCGCGGGCAGACCUUGGUGCUUCUAUCGAAAUGCCCAAGGCAAAGUGGACUGGGGCUACUGCGAUUGUGGUCAAGGCCCCGCGCUGCCUGUCAUUCGCCUUGUUGGUGGGAAGAGUGGGCACGAAGGUCGAGUGGAGCUGUACCACGCUGGCCAAUGGGGAACCAUCUGUGAUGACCAAUGGGACGACGCAGAUGCAGAAGUCAUCUGCAGGCAGCUGGGUCUCAGUGGCAUUGCCAAAGCAUGGCAUCAGGCACAUUUUGGGGAAGGAUCUGGCCCAAUAUUGUUGGAUGAAGUACGCUGCACUGGGAAUGAGCUGUCAAUUGAGCAGUGUCCAAAGAGCUCCUGGGGUGAACAUAACUGUGGCCAUAAAGAAGAUGCCGGAGUGUCUUGUGCUCCUCUGACAGAUGGUGUCAUCAGACUGUCAGGAGGGAAAAGUGUCCAUGAAGGUCGCUUGGAGGUGUACUAUAGGGGACAGUGGGGAACAGUUUGUGAUGAUGGCUGGACUGAAAUGAAUACAUACGUGGCUUGUCGACUGCUGGGAUUUAAAUAUGGCAAACAGUCCUCUGUGAACCACUUUGAAGGCAGCAGCAGGCCCAUAUGGCUGGAUGACGUCAGCUGCUCAGGAAAAGAAGCCAGCUUCAUUCAGUGUUCCAGGAGACAGUGGGGAAGGCAUGACUGCAGCCAUAGGGAAGAUGUGGGCCUCACCUGCUACCCUGACAGUGAUGGUCAUAGGCUUUCCCCAGGUUUUCCUAUCAGACUAAUGGACGGAGAGAAUAAGAGAGAAGGACGAGUGGAGGUUUUUGUCAGUGGCCAAUGGGGAACGAUCUGCGAUGAUGGAUGGACCGACAAGCAUGCAGCUGUGAUUUGCCGGCAGCUUGGCUAUAAGGGUCCGGCCAGGGCGAGGACCAUGGCUUAUUUUGGGGAAGGAAAAGGCCCCAUCCACAUGGACAAUGUGAAGUGCACAGGGAAUGAGAAGGCCCUGGCCGACUGCGUCAAACAAGACAUCGGAAGGCACAACUGCCGCCACAGUGAGGACGCAGGAGUCAUCUGUGACUAUUACGAGAAAAAAACAUCAGGUCAUGGGAAUAAAGAGACCCUCUCAUCUGGGUGUGGAUUGAGAUUACUACACCGCCGACAGAAACGGAUCAUUGGUGGGAACAAUUCUUUAAGGGGUGCCUGGCCUUGGCAGGCUUCCCUCAGGCUGAAGUCGACCCACGGAGAUGGCAGGCUGCUCUGUGGAGCCACCCUUCUAAGUAGCUGCUGGGUCCUGACAGCUGCGCACUGUUUCAAAAGGUACGGUAACAACUCGAGGAGUUAUGCCGUCCGAGUUGGCGAUUAUCAUACUUUGGUUCCCGAGGAGUUUGAACAAGAAAUAGGGGUCCAACAGAUUGUGAUUCACAGGAACUAUCGGCCAGACAGCAGCGACUAUGACAUCGCCCUGGUCAGAUUACAAGGAUCAGGGGAGCAAUGUGCCAGACUAAGCACCCACGUUUUGCCAGCCUGUUUACCUCUAUGGAGAGAAAGGCCACAGAAAACAGCCUCCAACUGUCACAUAACAGGAUGGGGAGACACAGGUCGUGCUUACUCAAGAACUCUACAACAAGCAGCUGUGCCUUUGUUACCCAAGAGGUUUUGUAAGGAACGUUACAAGGGACUGUUUACUGGGAGAAUGCUCUGUGCUGGAAACCUCCAAGAAGACAACCGUGUGGACAGCUGCCAGGGAGACAGCGGAGGACCACUUAUGUGUGAAAAGCCCGAUGAAACUUGGGUUGUGUAUGGGGUGACUUCCUGGGGGUAUGGAUGCGGAAUCAAAGACACUCCAGGAGUUUAUACCAGAGUCCCUGCCUUUGUACCUUGGAUAAAAAGUGUUACGAGUCUGUAAUUUAUGGGAAGCUCAAGAAAAAGAGUAAAGG